UUCCCCUUUUACUCCCACACACUCACUCUUGGUGAUAACUUGUUUGAUUUGGAAAUUCUAAUGUUACUCUCUCUCCCUCUCUCUGUAUCUCUGACAUUAUAUUAACCCCUAUUUCUCAAUUUUCAUAGUGAAAUUGGUCUCUCAAAAACCCUAAUCUCUCUAUCUCUCUCGAUUCGGUUCACUGAUUUUUCUCUCUCAAGUUUCAUGCACUCGAUCCACCUCCUAGCACUAUUUCGACUUGGAAACUGUUCAUCAUGAGCAGUAAUUACCCUUUAUCGAAUACAAAAAGACCUAAUUUUAUAUGUUGGUCACUGAAAUACUGAUAAAUUCAGGAGGGACGAGCUUGGUGAUUCAUUUGAACAAAAAAUAUGAUUACUCGCUCAAAACUUGUUGAGCAGUUAAGAGAAUACCAGAUUCGAUCCCAACACAAGUGGGCUACUCUUUCUCUAUUUUCACCCAAGACCCAUAUCUCCACCAGGGGUGAUUUAGUAACAGCUCUUCUUUGGGCCUUACUUUUUCUCUUACUGAUAACAUCAUCAUCUGUCGCCCUCUACUUCCGGCACUUGUGGGGUGCCUUGGUUCUUGUACUUGUUGGUGUUCUUCUCCUUAUCCUUCUUGAGGUUGUCAGCAGAAUUCGGCUUGCGAGGAAGAGAAGGCGAAGAAUGCUCUUACCUCUGUCCAUGUGAGACAGUAUCAGAUAUAUACAAAAGACGAGGCUCGUCAGUCUUCAUUAAGGGUGGUUUCUGGUGUGUUUUAGAAUACUGUAUUCUAGUGUAUAACCACAGUUUCGGAUCCAAAAGUUGUGAUAUUUAACCACCAACAUUACCAUACAAGAUACCCCUUCAUCUUGAUUUCUUUUGUCUUUCUUUAGUAUCUCUCAAAUUUUAAUGUAUAUCAAUCUUAAUAAGUGGAUUUGCUCAAUUGUACUGGCUUCAAGAUGAGUUCUUAUAUAUGUUUAUAUAUGUUUCUUGAGGAUA